AUGCCGUCGGCGACUUAUGCUUCAACGGGGUCUCGCCCCCGCAGAGGCACUUAUCAAGAAAUUCCAGUAUCCUCGACCUCCCACCCAGAUAACCCAAUUCCGGAAGAGCCUCGUGGUGUACGUUCACUUUCAGUGACUGACACCACAUUCAAUGUCAUCUCGUCGGGCUCCUCCCAGGGCACUACAUCGAGCGGUUCAAAUUCCCCAAAUACCCCUCUAACACCACCCACCGAGUCCCAAUCGGAAGAAGAAAAUGUGGAGGAAAAGGUCGACGAUGGUCGGCAACGGCGACGAGCAUCGACUGUCCUCAUUUCACAGAACGCGGACGAUAUGCGAAGGGUAUUGGAAAAUGUGGGCACAGCAGGAACUCAGAAGCUUCAAUCCCUCUGCUGCUUCAAUUCGAUUGUUGGACCUGUCGGCAACAAGGCCUUUGAUAGCCUCAAGCUAAACCUCAAUCUCCUCACUAUGGACAGUAAGCUAUCCAACAUUGCCCCGCUCCCAGAGAAGACCGUUUCGUUCAAGCCAGCCCCCGCAUCGGCGGUUGAAAUGGCCUUUGGCCCAGCAGACCACCCGCCGGAAUUCGUGCAGCCGCACCCACCUUACCAGGUAUACCGUGCGCCUCUGUUCCACACCCGUGAGUUGACGGGGCCUGGCGCCGAGAAACGCACGUAUCACUUUGAUAUCGAUGUCACAGACUACCCUGCCGAAAGCGGGAUGGUCGAUUUUGUAGUCGGCGGUGCAAUUGGCGUGUGCCCCAAAAACAAGGACUCCGAAGUCGAAGAAGUCCUCAACCUCCUAGGUGUGCCAAAGUCUAUGCGCGACAAGAAAGUCCUCAUGCGCACGACCAAGGGCCGUUGGCCGACAAUCUGGGGUGACGACAAACCUCGCGAACUCAUCACUACCCGUCGCGAAGUCCUAAGUUGGUGCUCCGACAUUCAGAGUUACCCCCCAACAAAGCCACUAUUCCGCCUCCUCGCUGAGUACACGAGCGAGCCAAACGAGAAGAAAAUUCUCGAAUAUCUCUCCUCUGCCCAAGGCCAAGGGGCCUUCUGUGACAUUCGCACAAGCUCUUUCGUCUCCCUCACCCAACUCCUAACCGCCUUCCCAAGCUCCCAACCACCCCUCGACCACCUCCUCUCCGUCCUUAACACCCUCAUGCCCCGCUUCUAUUCCCUCUCUCAAGACCCCCAGAUCUCCUGCCAAUACAAAGGCACCGAAUGCCGACGCCUAAUCGAAAUCGCCGUUACAGUCGCUGAAUCCGAUGACUGGCGUGGGGGAACCCGCACAGGCGUAGGAUCCGGGUACCUGGAGUCUCUUGCGCGGCGAGCGAUUGCAGCCGAAGCCGCUGGCGAGAAACUCGAUCUCCACGUACCCAUGUUCCGCGGACUGAUGGCGAAUCCACUGGCGAAACGAUUUGCGUCAGAUGGCCCAAUGCUGCUCAUCGGCGCGGGCGUUGGUAUCGCGCCUUUCCGCGGCUUUGUGCAGCGCCGUCUGCAGUCGGCAAACUGCGCUAAUAAGGUCUGGGUGCUGCAGGGCGUGCGCGACUCGCUGCUUGACGAGCUUUACUCGGGCGAGUGGGGUGUGCAUGAGGAUAAGGUGCGCACAGUUGUGCAGAGCCGUAGGGGCGAGAGUCGCUAUGUUCAGGAGGAGGUUAGACACCAGGCUGAUCUUGUUUGGUUUGUUAUCAACUCGCUGGACGGUCGUGUCUUUGUUUGUGGUUCCGGCAAGGGUAUGGGUGAAGGUGUCGAGGCUGCUCUUAUUGAGGUUGCUAUGGCCAAGGGCAAUCUCAAUGCUCAAGAGGCCGAUAUGUUCUGGCAGCGGAAGAAGGAGGCUGGACAGUACAUUGCUGAAACUUGGUAA